AUGUGGUCACUCCUGCUGAUAUCAUCCUUCUACAUUCAGAAGAUCAAUUCAACUGGAAUUGAGCUAUUGCCAAGGGAUUGCGAUUGUCGUGACUGGAACGGUGGAUGCAGGAGAAAUGGCGAAAAGUGGAUCGACGAUGACACUUGGGUCUAUAGUUGUAAUGGAAAGGAUGGUUAUCAAUCAGAAUUUCUGGGCUGUCAAGGUAGCGAUCGAUCCGGGAAGUUGUUCAUACAGGCUGAUGAUAAUAAAACUGUUGACGGUUUCUGGUUUAGUUGUAGCUACGAUACGUUCAGACUUAAAUAUGAAGAAGAACCUCGAUGUGUGGUGAAUGGUACACAGUAUCAUGUAGGCGAACUGUUCCGCGAGGAUUAUUUCCAGUGGCUGUGCUUGGAAAACGGUCGAUGGGUCACAGGUUGUUAUUAUCAGAAUGAGACAAAGCAUUGGAUUUUGUUGAGAAUUGGCCAGACCGGCUAUAAUGGCCUCGUGAAACAUGUCUGUGAUCAGUAUGAUGACUAUCCAGGAAGGGUACAGUACUACGCUGAGGUGCGAAAGGAUGUGCCUGUCAAGCAUCCCCCAAACAAAGGCAAAAAUCAGAAUUUACCGGAGCUGAUUGAUAAUCGUUUGAAGGAAGCACCAGUUCGAUGGCUUCAUACAAAUGCAGCCAAUUUCAUAGUCAAUAAUGAAGGCUUCAAGUCAAAGAUCCGUUAUUUGCGUGAUUUUAGGCAAAUAUAA